AUGGAUGCUCAACAACAAUCCGUCUACAACUACUCUCAACAGAUCGAAUCAACUGAUCAAACAUCCAUUUCUAAUCAACAAACAGAUGCAACUACUGGUGUCGUUUCAACCCCAAUCUACAGAGAACCACACAUUCUUGACCGUGAACCUUACAUUCAUCUUGCCACGCCAUUUGAGAAGCUUGAGCUACCUGAGCGACCACCCAAUUUCAUGAAGAGACAACGGGAGCCAUAUGGGAAGUCCAAGAAGGCAAAGAAGGCAAAGUUGGGAGAAACUUCUGGGUCAAGACCUCCUGUCCCUUUGGCUGAUUCUCCAAAAGUCACCUCUCCACCCUCUGAACAACAAAACACACCUCCAUCUGAUCAACCUCAAACACCACCCCCUGAACAACAAACAAAUCCACCAUAUGAACAACCACAAACACCACCUCCUGAACAACCAUCACCUUCACCCUCUGAACAUCAACCUAGUCCACCACCUGAACAAACAACACCACCUCCCUCCGAUAUUCCCCCGCUACCAACCUCCGAAGCCAUCAUCACUCCUACUCAAAAUCCCGCCGACACCAAUCCAACUCCACCAUCCUCCUCAUCCUCUAACCCUGAACCAUAA